AUGCCAAUAACGCAUAGCCCACAGGGGUCGCAAGGGGCUAAGUCGCCCAAUGAUAAAGAUGCAAGUGAUAGUGAAAGUGAAAGUUUCCAUGGUUUCGAUGAAGGCGCGAAGCGCCCUUCUACAAGUGCUGUUGACAAAAGGAUAACGGUUCUUUCUCGUCAACAAUCUCAAGCGCAAGCGAAGAUUCAGCGUAUCGCUGCGAUGAUAGAAGAUUCGAUAGUUCCGCUUGCCCAGCUCAAUGUGUAUGUGAAGUGUGUAGAGUCAGCAUAUCAGGAGUAUUGUUCUUUCCACAACCAAUUAACAGCGGUUCUUUCCAAUGAAGAAAUGGAUGAACAUGAUACGGAUUACGCUAUUUUUGAGGAAACAUAUCAUCACGUGCUGAUUCGACUGGAAACCUUAAUCCUAGAGAAGAGGAAUUAUGUUGAGCCAGCUCCGCCGCAAGUGGUCAUCCGUCAGCAGCCUCUCAAGGCACCGGUCCCAACCUUUAAUGGACUUUACGAGAAUUGGCCAAAAUUCAAGGCUACCUUUCUCGACAUCAUGUCUCAGUCCAAUGAUAGUGACGCUAUCAAGCUAUAUCAUUUGGACAAGUCGCUUGUAGGAGCUGCUGCAGGGAUACUUGAUGCCAAAACGGUGAAUGAAAACAAUUACGCACACGCUUGGGAGAUACUAAACGAACGCUUUGAGAAUCCACGAGUGAUAAUUGACAAUCACAUCAAAGGUCUGCUAACGAUGAAAAAGAUGUCAACCGAAUCACAUCGAGAGCUGCGUCAACUACUCGAUAGCUGUACAAAGCACAUAGAAAAUCUCCGGUACUUCAAGCAUGAGCUGACAGGCAUCUCCGAGCUAAUGGUGGUUCAUUUAAUUUCGGCCAGCAUGGAUCGAAACACGCGAAAGCAAUGGGAAGGAACAAUUGCGAAGGGUGAGUUGCCAAGCUACGAUGGCACAAUCACAUUCCUGAAAAAACAGUGCAACGUACUAGAAAAUUGCGAAGAGGUAGUUAAGUUGCCAAGUAGUUCCAAGUUAGUACAGAAAUCAGCAUUUUCCCCGAGAGUAACCACGAAUGCAGCUACAGACAGUGUUAGCGAGUUGUGUGAUUUCUGUAAAGGUGCUCAUAAAAACUUUCAGUGUGACAUCUUCAGAGGCAUGAAUUUAUCGCAACGUGUUGAGAAGGUGCGUGAAUUAGGCAUGUGCUUCAACUGCCUCCGGAAAGGGCAUCGUAUAAAAGAUUGUACCUCCGAGCGUAAGUGCCAAAAAUGUCGAAUGCGUCAUCACACGCAGCUGCAUGAUGAUAGCGUGUGGAGAUCAUCGAGAUAUCAGAAAUCAAAUCCAUCAGUUACCGGUAAGCCACAAUUUGAUCGUUCUCCUGUACUAGCAUCCAGUGCAGAAAUUAAUACUAGCGAUGCUGUAGCAACAACUUGUUCAAUCGCCAAGUCCAAUGCUAAGCGGACAGUCAUGCUUUUAACGGCAAUGGUCAACAUCGUCGAUCGUCGAGGCAAGGCUCAUUCUUGUCGCGCUUUAUUAGAUUGUGGAUCGCAGGUCAACCUUAUCUCCAAACGAAUGGUUGAUUUGAUCGGUUUGAAAACUUUUCCCACCAGUGUUUUGAUUGCUGGUGUUAAUAACAAGGCAAGCAAAAGCGACAAAAAGGCCAAUGUGGAGAUUUUGUCAACCAACAACGAUUUUCGAACAGUCCUAGAAUGCAUCGUAACACCGUCAGUAACCGGUUUAAUACCAAGCUCGUUUAUUGAUACUCGCAACUGGUGUAUACCUCCAGAAUUCCAGUUAGCCGAUCCUUAUUUCAACGCUCCGCAAGCGGUCGAUUUGCUUAUAGGUAACAGUCAUUUCUUUGCAUUGCUGAAACCAGGUCAGCAUAAGCUUGGAGCGAAUUAUCCAGAACUCCGCGAAACUCGACUUGGUUGGGUUGUAACUGGAGAAGUAUAUGAGCCAUUAGUCGAAGCUGACUCCGUGUAUUCUCAUAAGAUAACCGUUGAAGACGUUCAUAAAGCUAUGCAACGUUUCUGGGAAAUAGAAGAUGUCGCCGAAGCACCAGUUUUGUCUUCAGAGGAGCAGGAAUGUGAGGAGCAUUUUCGUGCCACGCAUAAGCGUGAUUCUUCAGGACGGUUUAUCGUUCAGUUGCCGUUGAAGGAGAAUGUUGUUCAUCUGUCCAACUGCCGAGAUCUUGCAUUAAAGCGAUUUUAUAUGCUAGAACAUCGUCUUUCUCAUAACUCAGCGCUUCGGGAGCAAUAUGUAAAAUUUAUACAAGAAUACGAAAGUCUUGGCCACUGCAAGCAAGUUGACGAGCGGAAGGAUCUUCCAGCUCAGCGAAAUUGUUAUUUGCCUCACCAUGCCGUAAUUCGUCCAGACAGUACUACGACAAAAUGCAGGGUUGUUUUCGACGCAUCUGCUAAGCCUUCAAGUUCCAGUUUGUCUUUAAAUGAUGUCCAAAUGACAUUAGCAAAAUGUAUCGCCAAAUUUUUGUAG